ACAGCUCUCUCUGCUUCUGUAUUAAUUAUGCAAAUUCAUGUUUAUCCCCAGGAAUUUGUGGCAAUGGAAGGGGUCAAAUUCUCUGUCAACUUGUAGAAGCCAGAAGCAUUCCUGGAAGUCAUGGGUUUGAAAGCCUCUACUUCAUAAUAGGUAUUAUUAGAAGCACAGAAAGAUUUGGUGGACUACAAAGGGCUUGGUAUAAGUGUUCUUGAAAUGAGCCAUCGUUCCUCAGAUUUCACAAAAAUUUUAAAUACAACCGAAAAUCUCAUGCGUGAAUUGCUAAAUAUACCAGACAACUACAAAGUUCUUUUCCUUCAAGGAGGUGGAUCUGCUCAGUUCAGUGCAGUCCCACUUAACCUUAUCGGUUUAAAGGAGGGAAGACAGGCAGAUUAUGUGGUUACUGGAGGUUGGUCAGCAAAAGCUGCUAAAGAAGCGGAGAAAUAUGCUAAAGUGAAUAUCAUUCAUCCGAAACUGGGAGCCUAUACAAACAUUCCUGACCCAAGCACUUGGAAUCUUAAUCCAGAUGCAUCUUACAUCUAUUAUUGUGCUAAUGAAACUGUCCACGGUGUGGAGUUUGACUUCGUACCUGAUGUCAAAGGAGCAGUUUUGGUUUGUGAUAUGUCAUCAAACUUCCUGUCCAGACCCGUGGAUGUUUCCAAGUUUGGUGUGAUUUUUGCUGGUGCUCAGAAAAAUGUUGGCUGUGCUGGAGUUACUGUUGUAAUAGUACGUGAGGAGUUGCUGGGAUUUGCACUGAAGGAAUGCCCUAUUGUACUGGAUUACAAAACACAGGCAGCGAAUAGCUCUUUGUAUAACACUCCACCAUGCUACAGUAUUUAUAUCAUGGGAUUGGUACUGGAAUGGAUAAAGAAUAAUGGUGGAGCUGCAGCUAUGGAUAAACUUAGUUUAAUCAAAUCAAGAAUGAUUUAUGAUAUUAUAGACAAAUCUGAUGGAUUUUAUGCAUGUCCAGUGGAGAGAAAGAACCGAAGCAGAAUGAAUGUUCCUUUCCGUAUUGGCAGUGUUAAGGGUGAUGAAGCCCUGGAAAAGAAAUUUCUUGAGAAGGCUGUGGAACUUAACAUGAUAUCUCUGAAAGGACAUCGAUCUGUGGGAGGAAUCCGUGCCUCUUUAUAUAAUGCGGUGACUGUAGAAGAUGUUCAGAAGCUUGCAACAUUCAUGAGAAGCUUCAUGCAGAUGCAUCAGUCAUAAAUGCCCAUGGGUUAGAACCAUGCUGCACAUCUAUGAAAUAAAAGCUAAAGAGUUUGAAAGUUGCUGUGGUACUGCACAGCUAUAGCACACAAGUUGUAUUUUCUUUUAGUUCCUGUAGUUACUUCAGUUAACUGCGUGGGAUUGAGGCCCAGUCUUGCAAUGACUUGUCAAUCUUGUCUUUGCUGAAGGUGAGGAUCCCUAGACUGAUCACGAUUAGUUCCAAAAUUUGAAAAACAGUAUUCUCAGUGUGUAGUUAAAACAUGAGUAGCAUUGUAAGGUGCUAUGGAUCUGAGUCUGUUUCUUGCUUCUAGUCACAAAUAACUUCAGCAAUGUCUUGUUUUCAAUAAACUUCAGAAAGCAAAAUUUGUCAUAAACUUUCUGUAAUGCUUUACAAAUACUCUGUGACUGCACAAUGAAGCUAAUGUGGUCCCUAAGGACAUCUAGUUGCCUUAUUGGAUAUAUUCCAACAGUAUACCACCAGCAGUAUUUAGGAGUUAAUAUUGGUGUUCCUACCUUGAAAACCCUACCUUCAGACUACUCCUCCCGUGCUUGAAGUACUGUCAUAACAAUUGCAAAUAGCUAACUGUGGUUAAAGUCUGUAGGACUGGGCCUCUUUUCCUAUUAUCAUUUAUUAGUUUAAAGCUAAGAUUCAUGAGUCUGAUUAAAUCAAUUUAUAAGAUUUUUUUACUUCUCAAUGCAUUUUGUAUAUUAAAAUCCUAGAUUAUUAAUUUUAUAUUCUUAUUUUGUAGUAUGCAUAUUUGCUGCUGCCAAAAACUUGUUCUUAAUUUGUUAACUUUGUGCCAAACUGAAUUGCUGUAUUCCACUCAAUGGACUGGUGACUUUCUCUGCGCUGACUUCCUAACCCAAAAUGCAGCAGACCUUCUUGUCUGGUGCUUCUUAAAUGUCUUCACUCUCCAAUUGCUCCAGUACUUUUUCUGCCUUUUCGUUGUUUCAGUUCUGUAGGCUUUUGUAUGUGGAACUUUGUCCAGCUGUAGUAAAUGCAAGUCUUGACUUCUCUGCCUUUUCCUGACACUAUGUCAUACUUUUGGUCCUACAGUCUCACUUGAUCCUUCUGCCUUAUUGCAGACUUUGAUACUCUGGGCUAGAGAAGGAACUAUGGUUAUGCAAAGAUCUUCAGAAGAUCUUCUGAUAUAGUACCCUUGAGUUACUUUCCCUUCUCAACUUGUGACUUUACUGCCAAUGACCAUAUAUUGACACUAACCUCCUAUUUUAACUUGCAUAGAAGCUAUCUCCUACUAUCACAGUGUUUAUCAUUACUGCAGCUAGUUUUGGACUGUAAACUCUUUGGUACAGAAUGGGGAUUUUUUUUUUUUUUGGAUUUUUAUGUAAUGUCAGUACAGUAGUAACAAUUUAAUAAUGAUAAUGAUGUAUUGUCCCUUUCUUGAUGGAACUUCACAGCAAAUCAGUGGAAUGUGCUGGGUUUUAGUUACAUUCCUAUCUGAUAAGUCAUCAUUUUAAGACUACUGUUUUGAAUUUUUUAUAAACUUAGUGUAACUCAAAGUAAUUAAAAAAAUUAUGUGAAGAAAAUAAAA